GCUCGUUGGUGUUCGUGAGAGUUGGUGCUGCGCAAAGAAACUCUUCUGCGGCAUGUUGCCCAGCAACGACUGUUUUACGUGCGGCAAAGAAACGUUGGCAGAUGUUCUCGGGGGCGCAGCCGCAUGGAUUUUGUGGCACUCCCCAUUGCACAUGACUACCUUCAGUUAUCUUUCUGCAGAAUCCAAAGCAGCAUGAACCAUGUAUAUGGAUGCUUCAGACAAACAGAAGAUCUCAAAUGUUUUCAACGAGCAAUUGAAAACAACAGAUAAAAAUUGUUGCUCAGUAAACAGAUUCACUGCAGACUGCAAAGCUUCAAACCCCAAAAGUAAAACAGAUGGCCAGCACAAAAUGAAGCGACUGAAGAGCCGCAGGAAGAGGAGCCAGAUGAGAGGUGUUGGGAAAGAAGCUCUAAAGUCCAGAUCACAUCACAAUCACUGUUGUCGCCAAGCCAGUGAAAACAUAGCACAUUACCAUAACUGCUGUCACAAUAGCUGUCAUUGUCCUUCAAGGAGUGGUGCACUUUUUCCAAACGCCCGUCCUGCUGCACAGGAGUCCAGUAUCAUUACAGACAGUCGCCUGAUAGGACACCAAGGCCUGUUCAACCAUGAAGUGAAAUCUAUUGACAUUGAACGCUUGUUAAGUGAGCAGAGGAAACUGGAGAAAUGUGGGCAGCAAGUACAAAAAAAGAACAAUGCUACUUCACAUCCAUCUUCAGCCAUCUCCACUCGUGAUUUCUUGGGUACUGAUGAAAAAAAAGCAAGCCCAGAGACAAAGGCCCGUGAUGAUUUUCAGGACAUAAAGAAUUGGAUCAGUCAGGGAGCAGAUGUUACACUAGGGCAGAGAUCACAGCAACAACUUGAUCUUUCAUCAGGAAGUGGUAAAAGCACCUUCUCAUCUAAACACAGCCCUGUUGAUGUAAUUAAGAGCAGGAAAGCCAACCCUGCUGUGUCUGAAAGGGGCAGAGAGCCACAGCAGAUUCCCACAGUUGACAGGGAAAAUGUGAACACAUUGAAUAAGAAGGUAAAGGGUCACAUGAUUUCUACUCUGGAACACACUCCAAGGAACCAGGAGUCUCCUGUCCACCUAACUCAUGGUUUCAGCCCAAGCCCACUUCAGGUCUCCUGCUCAAAUACCAUUGACAACAAUGACAUGCAGCAUGGAAGACAAGAUCCUGACUGUGUAUCUCAGUUUGUCAGUGCAGUGGCAGCAGAUUUGUGUGAUAGUCUGCAGUUUCCAGUUCUGAAAAGGAGAAGCCUGGUGGCAGAGAGCAGAGAGGUGCUAUUGAAAGCUCUACGGGAGAGUCAUGGACCCCAUCUUGAGAAAAACCUCCUCAAGGUGCAGAGAUACUUAAGCUUUGACACUGAUCCAGCAAAGCAUGGCCAGCAUCAGGAGCCCACCAUGACAGAUGAAGAUGAGCCCUUGCCCACAGCCAACAGAGAAGGUCAGCCAAGUUUUGACAGCCAUAAAACCACCUCUUUCAGAGUUACAAGAAACAGGCGUUUUAACUGGAAGUCCAGACCACAGAGACACCACAACCGUAAACAGACUGCUGAAUGGUUGAGAAGCCCUGUGCUGACUUCGGACAACCUUAUGGAUGAUAUCCUCAGACAUACUCGCUCUCCUCAGUCAUGCAUGUACUUUGAGAACUCUGGAGCUACAGCCGGUGAUCAUUUGUUCUCUCCCUUUCCCACCUCAUGCUGUGAAGAAAAAGCCUCAGUAUUUCAUCAGGGGGAAGACAAAUUUAACAGGCCAAAGAGCAAAGAGGCUGUUAUGUUCGGUACCUUUGGAAACAGCUUUGUGAACCAAACCAGAGCAGAUACAGAGAGGAGCUCUGGGUUCCAAUACAGUGAUGGCAAUAUCCAGCCUUUCUUUUCUUACAAAGCACAGCGGCCACAUAGAUAUUCAGCAGGCCCAGCGCCCUAUCCCCAGGAGCAAGACCUAUUUGAAACUGACAAACAUUUGUUUUCCCUCUCUGCCCAAAUUCACCAUCCUCAGCAGCGCAACUGCUUCCGGCCUUUCAGCCGAUUCAGUCGCCCUUCAGUUUGCCCUCCCCUCAGGUCCCACCAUGCUGACAUUACGCAUUAUCCCCCAUCUCACAUGCUUGAAAGAGACCCAGCGACUCCUGUUUCUGCUCUCUUGAGCCCUGAGCACUGGUCCUUCCCCCCUAUGAGACUGUACUAAUGCGUGGUAAAGGCCUCCAUAGGGACAAGAGGAUUUCUUUACGUAAUAUCAAGACUUUGUGUUCACAGUCAAGAUAUGUGUGUUGUAUGCCCAUGUUUUAUUAAAAACACAGUAUUAUUUGCAAUAACAGUAGCUGUCAUCGCAAGAGUCAACUCUUAUUAUUUUGUCCCAUUUAUACUGAGAUCAAAAAAACACAAUUAUGUAUGUGUUUGCAUCCUCAAAGCAUUUUUUAAUAUACAGAAUUGUGUAUUAAUACAUAUCUUCUUCAGCACAAAGAUGCUAGAAUGGGAAAUUCUUGACAGACCGAGAAGUUUUAGUUAGGAAUAUGCUAUUGUUAAAGCAGUUUGAUAUUUUGUUGUGCAUGUGGUCUACAUUUAAAUAAUAAUAAUAAAAAAAAAAACAUCUUUGUACAAAUGUGCAAUA